GUCAGCCCACGGCACGCCAUGCUCCGUCUCCUUCCAACCGACCUCCUCCUCCUCAACGUUCCGUCUCAUCUCCUCCUGCAGGGAGGUUCCCCUGCUCGGAGAUCCGCUCCCUAACAGCGCCGUCUCCUCCUUGCAUACGAGUGGGCAAGGAGUAAGGAUGUCUGCGGGGUGGGCGAUCAAGCGGGAGGUUGAAGAGCACCCAGGAUGGAAGACGGCGCUCCUCGGAGGGGGCGCGUUGAGCCGUGAAGACGACGUCGCUGCCGGUGAGUCCAAGUUGGACUCAUGCUCGCUACGACGGCGUGAGCGGCGUUAUCCUGAACCUGCCACUGCCGUGCUGCCCUCCCUUGAGACAGGAGCCGUGGUGGCCCCGUCUUUGCGACUCAAGCGAAGAGGAGGAGACUCAGGAGGGCCUGUUAGUGGGGCAUUGCUGGAGGUGAAAUUGGAGGGCAGCGACUCCCGUCACAGAGCCGACAUUCGUAUGAAAGAGGAGAAGGCGGAGGUUUUCGGCAGCGCAAAAGAACGACUUAAGCUCGUGGACGGUGAAUACCGUCCCAGGCAGAGGGACCUUCACGUCGUCGAGGCAGGCCUUCGUUCCCCCGGAGGAGUCCUCUGGAACCCCGCGGCCGACCGCGGUUCCGCCGCCAGGCUCCGAGCGCCGCAGACGGGAGACGCCGCAGCUGUCGCGGCAUCGUCGUCGGGUUCAGCGGAGAUCGAAGUGAUCUUGGAAGACAACGACGGUGACGUCUCAUCCGCCCGUAGGCACCGCACCGGGAGGCGUACCGGUAGCGAGGGGCCGCAACACCGAUGCCCGGUGUGUGGCAAGUGCUACCGGCAUGCCUCGAAGCUCAGGAGUCACACGAGGGUCCACACGGGUGAGAAGCCACUCGCCUGUCACGUGUGCGGCAAGGCCUUCGCGUGGCCUUCGGGACUCCGCUACCACCUGGUGCUGCACCAGGGAGGGCGCGUCCUUGCAUGCCCCGUGUGCGGGACCAGCUUCGUACGCUCGUCGGACCUCUACGCGCACGUGAGCGGUCACCACGCUCCGCUGCCGCAGCAGAAGCAGCAACAGGAGCAGCAGCAGCAGAAGCAGCAGCCAGGAUAACCUCGUUUCAACUUGAUGAUGCCCAAUUCUUUUUUUUAAGAGCCGCUCGGGUUUGUUGCUGUGUUUUGUUGUUGUGUGCAGGUUCCUCGGAUUGGUAUGGUUGGCUACGUACGGUGUGAAAUAAGUUCAAUGUACAUACAGUGAGGGAAAAAAGUAGUUGAUCCCCUGCUGAUUUUGCACAUUUGCCCACUGACAAAGAAAUGAUCAGUCUAUAAUUUUAAUGGUAGGUUUAUGUGAACAGUGAGAGACAGAAUAACAACAACAAAAUCCAGAAAAACGCAUGUCAAAAAUGUUAUAAAUUGAUUGGCAUUUUAAUGAGGGAAAUAAGUAUUUGACCCCCUCUCAAUGAGAAAGAUUUCUGGCUCCCAGAUGUCUUUUAUACAGGUAACGAGCCGAGAUUAGGAGCACACUCUUAAAGGGAGUGCUCCUAAUCUCAGCUUGUUACCUGUAUAAAAGACACCUGUUCACAGAAGCAAUCAAUCAAUCUGAUUACAAACUCUCCACUAUGGCCAAGACCAAAGAGCUCUCCAAGGAUGUCAGGGACAAUAUUGUAGACCUACACAAGGCUGGAUUGGGCUACAAGAUCAUCGCCAAGCAGCUUGGUGAGAAGGUGACAACAGUUGGUGUGAUUAUUUGCAAAUGGAAGAAACACAAAAGAACUGUCAAGCUCCCUCGGCCUAGGGUUCCAUGCAAGAUCUCACCUCGUGGAGUUGCAAUGAUCAUGAGAACGGUGAGGAAUCAGCCCAGAACUACACGGGAGGAUCUUGUCAAUGAUCUCAAGGCAGCUGGGACCAUAGUCACCAAGAAAACAGUUGGUAACACACUAUGCCGUGAAGGACUGAAAUCCUGCAGUGCCCGCAAGGUCCCCCUGCUCAAUAAAGCACAUAUACAUGCCCGUCUGAAGUUUGCCAAUGAACAUCUGAAUGAUAAUUGGUUCUUUACCCUUCUAUCUGGCAACAAAACUGACACCU